AUGAACGUACUCAUUCAAGAAGACUCACCAGAGAAAGCAGAUAUGCAGACUAUACUUGGACGAAUCCGCGGCUUGAGCAGUGCCCAGGAAGGUCUCGAGAUUUCGGCGCAAUGGUGGGCCGCCGUCGUGACAAACCUUGCUCUGGCAAAAUUGGAUCAGCCUGCGCGGUCUACUCUGUGGUUAGCCAUGUCCAAUGAAUGA